AUGCUAAAUGUAAGUGCGCUUAUUACGGGCCACGAGACAGUCGGGGAUCAUACGGAAUUUAUUGUUGAGAUUUCAUGUAAUGGCGGUUUGUGGCGCAUUUCACGACGAUUUAGUGACUUUGAUCAGCUACAAUCGCGUCUAGUACGGCGUUUUGGUGACCUUAUUGAGACGUGUUUACCUGAAAAACAGUGGUUUGGUCGAUUUGAUCCAAACUUUUUGAUUAAGCGUCAAGCAAGUCUGCAAGAGUAUCUUGAUGGACUACUGCUGGUGCCAGGUAUUCUAGAUGAUGCGUCUUUGCAGCAUUUCUUGGAGUUGGAGAAGCACUUGGAUCUACACAGUGAGCUAGGUAUGGGGGGAAUGGGUAGCAACGGACGAUCAAGUGGUAUGUGGUCCGGCAAAGGUGCACUAAGCGAGAACGACCGUUUGAGCGGCAUUGUGGAAAGCGCAGCGCAAGCCUUCAUCGACAUUAGUGAGGUACCCGAGCCGCUCGAAGCUGAACAAGCUGUGCAGCGCAAGAACGAGAUUGUGACGGCGUCGCAAAACCUUUUGAACGAGCAAAAGUUGGGUGAGCAAUUUACUGCGCAACUCACGACUCUCCGUCUUCCGCCUGCUCAAAGGAAGCCAUCGAACGAGGAGCUGCUCAUGCGCCUAGAUGGUGGCAACGAGGAUGGAUUGACAUACGAGCAGGAAACUGAGUGUCUUUUGGCCAUUUUGAAAGAUCUAGAAGCUUCGCUUGGUAUGGAAAUUACACCGCCAUCAGUUGACUUAUUUGCCGUCAUGACUGUAUCGGCGACGCCAGAAACACCUGGCCGUGGAUCAAAUGGAUCUCCGGCAAACGAGAAUGGUGCUAUCGAGGCUGGAUAUCUGGACGACCGAGGCAGCAUUAGCAAUGGAUCAUUUAGUUGA